AGAAAAAUGGAGUCAUGUGACGUACUGAGCCUGGGGCCGCCAUAUUCUCCAACUAGGUAAAAGGUUAUUUUCGGUCAUUCACUGCUUUGCCGAGCUGUAACUGCAUCUGUUGUUAGAGCUUAGUCACGCACAUUCUGGAGCAUUUCUUCACAUCCUUCAAAAGCCUCUCUACAGUCGGGAGCUAGACAGACUUCAGCAGUCGGUGGCUCAUCGGCAAGGAAGAAUAGCAGAACACACCUGAAGAUUUUGAGGGGAAAUAAUUAUAGCAAGAAUAUUUUAUUGUCCACUUUUGUGGUUUAAAGCACCUCUGUUCUUGAAGAAUAAAAAUUCCGCAUUUUUUCCUGUGCUGAAAGUCAGAACAUCAAAUAACAGUGCUUUUGUGUUUUUCUUCAGUCUUUUUGCCUCAGUGGUCACUUCUUUCCAUGAGAAUCAAUCUGCCCUUUUCUCCAGUAUUUCUCAUCUUUUGUCUGUAUGAGCUACUUGCUUACGUGCUACUGACUGAGCUGUUACAAUGACUUUUAAAAUGGAUGUACGUUCUGUCAUUUUUGUCCCUUUGCACCUGUUUAUGAGGCUCUGCACCUUCCUUACUUUUGUCCCAUGGUAUUUUUUUGCUGAUGCCCAUAGAAAAAAAACCAUGGCCAAGCGGCUAAAAGCAAAAUCCGUCACCGGCAAGCCAGAGGGGCCGUAUCGCUCGGUGGACCACUUUGAGUCUCUGGCUCGAAUGGCCUUCGAGGGGACGGACACCUUGGAUAAGCUCUUCGAUCAUGCAGUGCGUCGCUUUGGGAGUGCAGACUGCCUGGGCACCAGGGAAUUAUUGAGUGAGGAAAAUGAGAAGCAGCCUAAUGGCAGGGUUUUCAAAAAGUUGAUUCUUGGAGAGUACAGCUGGCUCUCCUACCAGGACGUGGAUGUGGCCGUGGGCAAUUUCGGUAGGGGACUGGAAGUUUUGGGCCAACAGCCCAAGCACACUAUCGCCAUCUUCUGUGAGACCCGUGCAGAGUGGAUGAUCAGCGCCCAGGCCUGCUUUAGGCACAACUUCCCAUUGGUCACUUUAUACGCAACUUUAGGAGAGGAGGCCGUGGCCUAUGGACUGAACGAAUGUGGGGCCACUCACCUCAUUAUCAGCCUGGAGUUGCUGGAGACCAAACUGAAGAAUGUGCUGUCAGAGGUACCUAAUCUGAAGCAUAUUAUCUAUGUGGGCAAAAAAAAGAUCAGCAGUACUGGAUACCCAGAGGGUCUGCAGAUUCAUACCAUGCAGGCGGUGCAGGAGCUGGGAGCCAAAUCUGACAACCCGUCUGUAGCAGCCCAGAGGCCGCAGCCCUCUGAUCUGGCAGUCAUCAUGUACACCAGCGGUUCCACAGGACGGCCUAAAGGUGUCAGUAUGAUCCAUAGCAACCUAAUUGCUGGUAUGACGGGACAGUGCGAAAGGAUCCCAGGCCUCGGGCCGAAGGACACGUACAUCGGCUACCUCCCACUUGCACAUGUGCUGGAGAUGACAGCAGAGAUCUCAUGUGUGACCCACGGCUGCCGGAUUGGGUACUCCUCACCCCUGACGCUGUCUGAUCAGUCAUCAAAAAUCAAAAAAGGGACCAAGGGGGACUGCUCUGUGCUGAAACCCACUUUGAUAGCGGCAGUUCCGGAAAUCAUGGACCGCAUAUACAAAAAUGUAAUGAGCAAAGUACAGGAGAUGAACUACGUACAAAGAACACUCUUCAAGCUAGGCUUCAGCUACAAGCUGGAGCAGCUCAAGCGGGGCUAUGACGCACCACUCUGCAACAUACUGCUGUUCAAGAAGGUAAAGGCUCUCCUUGGGGGGAAUGUUCGCAUGAUGCUGUCUGGAGGGGCCCCCCUGUCUUCUGCCACGCAGCGCUUCAUGAAUGUCUGUUUCUGCUGCCCCAUUGGCCAGGGCUAUGGUCUAACUGAGACGUGCGGCGCUGGGACCAUCACUGAAGUGACAGAUUAUAGCACUGGCCGAGUCGGGGCCCCUCUCAUCUGCUGUGAGAUCAAGCUGCGCGACUGGGUCGAAGGUGGUUACACAGCACAGGAUAAACCUCAUCCUAGAGGAGAGGUGAUAAUUGGUGGCCCCAAUGUUGCUAUGGGCUACUACAAGAGUGAACAUUUAAACGAAGACUUCUUUGUGGAUGAGAGUGGACAGCGCUGGUUCUGCACAGGAGACGUGGGUGAGAUCCACUCAGACGGGUGCCUGCAGAUUGUUGAUCGUAAAAAGGACCUUGUUAAGCUACAAGCUGGGGAGUAUGUCUCUCUCGCCAAAGUGGAGUCUGCCCUAAAGAGCUGCUCGCUAAUUGACAACAUAUGUGCAUAUGCCAACAGUGACCAGAACUAUGUUAUAAGUUUUGUGGUGCCAAAUCAGAAGCAGCUGACAGCACUGGCUGCUAAAAAGGAGAUCGAAGGAACCUGGGAGGAAAUCUGUAAUCACUCAGUGAUGGAGUCUGCAGUUCUUCAGGCCAUCAAGGAGGUUGCUGCUUCGUUCCAGCUGCAGCGGUUUGAGAUUCCUGUCAAGGUGCGCCUCAGUCCGGACCCCUGGACCCCGGAGACGGGCUUGGUCACAGAUGCCUUCAAACUGAAAAGGAGGGAGCUGAGGAACCACUAUCUCAAUGACAUUGAGAGAAUGUAUGGAGGGAAGUAGGACCUAAAUCCUGACCAAAAACAUCCCAUGAUUCUGUCUAUGUGCCGUGGUAUAUCGGGGCGUGUAUUCCCAGGAAUUCAGUAAACUUUUGUAAUUUUCAGUAAGUGUUGUCCAUUUGCCUUUAUACAUUUUGUACAAAAUGCUAUACCUGUGAAAAAUGACUAAUGGAACAGAAACAUUUUCAUGAAAGCGUGUGUAAAGUGACGUGUAAAUUAUUUACAGAUCAGUGUUUCUCAGCCUGGUCCUUAGGGGGCCCCCAGGCAGUGCAGGAUUUUGCUCUGUCAGUCCGCAAAAAACAUGGGUUGUCUGGGGGUCCCUGAGGACUGGGCUGGGAAAGGCUCUCAUAGAUUGAGGUUCAACUCUGAAGGGUCAAUGGUUACACUGUUUUCUUUGCUGCCAGUGCUAGUCAAAUUUACACCUGCUGUGUAGAUUUAAGGGUUAAGUUCAGUGAAUACAUUAUACGGUACAAUGAAUACACAAUGUUCUAUUUUAAUGUAUUCAGCUAUCAAAAUUUAAAGGUUUAUUGUCUGUUGGUCCUUGCAAUUUAGGAAUUUUUCAAUGCACUUGUUUUUCUGCUUUAUAUUAUAUUGGUGUUUUGUCUUAAAUGAUGGUAUUUUUUGCUUACUUCAAAAGAAUUAUAUAUUUUUUUGCUAGCUUUAUUUAUUUGGUGUAAUGUCAACAUUUCUCUCCUAAGGACAAUUGUCUGGCAUUAUAAGCCUUGUAAAGUCAAUUUUGUUAAAGCUUGAAUAAGUUUUGAGUCAACUGGUUGAAAUUAAGUUAUAAAAGUGUGUUAUGAUGGA